GAAGAGGUGUGGGAAGGGAAGGGAGAGAAGGAAGAGGAGGAGGGAUUAAAUCAAGUCAACGAAGGAGAAAGUGAAAAUGAAAGGUUGAUACCAAGGUCUGUGGAAAUUGUGUUUACUUAAGUCUUUGCAACAAAAUGCUUUGACUAAUUAAAACUUGACGAAGAAAAGGUUUGGGAAUUUGGUCAGCACGUGCAUGGUGUGCAAUAACCAACUUCCACUAUUUAGUUACUGCCUCUUCCCUCUCAGUACACCCUCUUCUAAGCCGCUGGUCGAUGCGCGAGGCCUUCUCGAGGAGUUGCGAAACCAGCAGCCGUCUCCUCCGCCUCGCUCCACCCAAACUCCGCCCACUGCACACCCGCUGAGGGGUCCAUUUCUAGGACGACUGGAGAUGGUCAAGCAAAUCACACAAAAUGGCCUCCAGAAUAUCCUUGAGCUCCCGUCCCCUGCUACCCUGCUACUGGACUAUUUCUCCAUGUUUGGAACUAAAAGCUGCUGCUUCGACGACCUACGGAGUUACUUUGAAUUCUUCUCUCCUGAUGAACUGAAGAAGUUCAUGGUGAUGGCAGAAGCCAAAAUCGCAGAGAACCCGAUCAAAUUUGACUGCUCUGAGAAGGACAGGAAACGAAAUGUCUCAAUCCUACGCAGACAGAUUUCAAUGAUGCAGCUCCAGCGCUACUGUGGUCUCCAUGGGAACCUCUCCCUGGACAAGAAGCGCGACCUCGUGCUGCUGUGUAAACAUCUCUACAGGGAAGGACUGAAGCUGGCAACGGGGGUCCCCGAGACUGACACGAAGCCGGCAGAUUUCUUUGUAGUUUUGGCCGUGCAUCUACUGAUUGAGAUUUACGUUGAAACAAGGGAGUGGAGAGUAUUAUGGCAGGCCAUUCUCCUGUUGGAACAUUCUCGCAGUAUGAAAACCACGAAUCCUCAGAUUUUGCUCCUCCUCCUCAAACUGUAUGGCUUCCUCGGAGCCGCGGAGGGAAUCACUGAUAUAUUUGAGUCUCUCAAUAUAAAACACCUCCAGAUGGAGACUCUGGGCUAUAUUCCACUGAGGUAUCUCCAGGCAUCUGUGCAUUUGGUUUCACUAAUCAACUCUAUCGCUCUGCACUUCGCUUCUACUACAGCUGUGCCAAGGAGACUUCAGAAUAUAUCGUUCAAGCGUACAAAAACGGGAUGUUUCAAAAGAUACUGGAGUUUGUCGGUCUGAGAGACAAGUUAUCUCAUUCUUUCAGUUUUGCCUGUACACUGGUCGACAUGAAUCUUCUGGAAGUGGUCACUUCCAUUCACAGUAUGGAGAAGGCACGACAGUUCUUCAGUAGAGAUUGGUUCAGUGGUCUACCUUCCUCGGGCCCUGCACUGCACGACUACUGUUCCAGACUUAUUGACAGUAGAGACCUCACCGUGUAUGACGACUGGUCGAGGUCGGCCAACACUGGUGAGUCCUCGUCACUCACGAAACUAGAAAACCAGCUCUCAUCAGAGUUAUUGUGGCUACGUGUCAGAGUCAUGUUGGUCCAGUGCCUCAAAGACUCCGUGGUAACCAUGGCAACAGCCCCGCCCUCCACCCCACAGGAAGUGGGCGGGGAAAGGGGCGGAGCUCUGGAGGCAGUUGCUGUGUUCAGUGCGAAGGUGGGAGAGUUGAACAAUUGUCUGGCUCAGAUGGCGCAGCAUAUGGGGACAAUAGUCCUCCAGCAAAAGAGGGCUCACCUGCUGCCACUGCAGGCAAGUCCGCCGUGUCUGGGUCUGCGGUUCCUGAGUCUCUCCUACGGCCACACCCUCCUCGUUAUGUUCUCGGUGGUGGAGAGACUGGCUCUGGGUCACUGCAACGUGGCCGACCAACUGAGGGAGGUCCUCAGACUGUUCAGAACCAGUAUGUCAGCGAUUCAAGGAAUGCCAGAUGACUUGAGGGAGGUCGUGACUGCAGCUGUUAGAGGGAGACCGAGAGAGAGAGAGGAGGAGGAGGAGGGAGAGGGGGAACAGGGAGGAAAUGAGAUGGGGGAGGAGGGGGGGAGAGAAGGGAGAGCGGCGAAGAGAGAGACUGAGGAGAGAGAGGCAGAGGUGGGGGAGAGGGAGAAAGGAGGGAGGGAGGGUCCAGAAGAGGAGGAGUCACAGUCGGAAAGAAGAAGAGAAGGGAAGAAUGAUAGGGUCAAACACGAGACCAAAACAGACUCAGUCAAAACUAAAGCCUCUGAAAAAUCCAUGUAAAAUUUCAGCCCUCAAAAAUUAUUUUUGUCGCACCCUCAGCGGACAUCCUGAACUCUGUACCAACACCACCAA